AUGGCCCAGAAAGCUGCCAAGAGCCUCGCGGCCCGCAACAGUGCCGUUCUCUUUCGCACCCACCUUAUCUCUGCGGCACUACAUUUCCUCUUCCUUGCCCUGCACUAUGUCUUUGCCCGGCCACGCUCGCUUAAGCCAUACUUCCUCAUCGCCGUUCCAACUCUCGUCAUUGAGUACUAUCUAGACCGAGUAGGCCGUCCCCAUUACAGCGAAGAUGGCUCUCUCCGAUCUGCGGGUGAGGAUCUCAAUGCCACUGGACUGACGGAGUACAUGUGGGAUGUGCUGUACUGGACCCAGGGCUGCAUGGUUGCGGUGUGUCUUUUCAAUGACCGAGCCUGGUGGCUGUGGGUUGUCGUGCCCGUGUAUUCUGUUUAUCUGGCUUAUACCACUGUCAUGGGCGUGAAGAAGGGCUUCGCGGGUAUGGGCGGUGGUGCUGAGGGAGCGGACUAUGAUGCGCCUAUGAGCAAGACUCAGAUGAAGAAGGAAAAACGGGGAGCCAAGCAUGGAGGUGUUCGUUGA